AUGCAUGCGUGGAGAAAGCAUAAAGGGAAUCCAAAUCCAGUGUGCUGGCACUUCGAUCAGCCCCUAUUAGACAUUGAAGACCGGCCGCAGUUCAAUGAGAAAUAUACACUUGUAUGGACGUUUCUUCACGGACUAAAUAUAUUCAUGAGCAAAGCUAACCUCUUCUCCCAGGGCCAUGAAGGAUGUGGAGAGAUCAUACAGAUAGGGGAAGGGGUCACAGACAAGAGAUUCAAAUCGGGAGACAGAGUGGCUCUUCUUUCUGUCCCGGGAUGUGGUUUAGACACUUGCUCUGAAUGCUCAAGGGACCUGGCACAACUAUGCCCAGCUGGAUUGCACCACGGAAUUGGUCAAGACGGCUUCUAUGCUGAGUAUGUUGCGGUCGAUGUCCGGUCCGCUGUUCCAUUGCCUGAUGGUGUUGAGCCAGCUGUUGCUGCAGUUGCUACUGAUGCUGUCACUACAGCUUACCAUGGUAUUACCCGCCGUGCCGAGGUCAAGAAAGAAGAAACUACUUUCCUUUUUGGACUUGGUGGACUUGGCUUCAAUGCGCUCCAAAUUGUAUACUCUAUCGGUGCUAGAGUGAUCGUUUCCGAUCUUCGUCAGGAAAAGCUGGACGCUGCUCUGAAAUUAGGUGUUCCAUUGGAGGAUAUCGUUCCAGUCGGAAAGUCGGUGCAAGAUUUUGUGAAGGAAAAUGGGUUGCAGGGGAAAAUUGAUACCGUACUGGAAUUUGUGGGCAGUCAUCAAACUUGCCAGGAUGCACAGCACAUUGUUCGUCCUGGGGGUAAGAUCCUGUGUGUUGGCACCCUCAAUUUUGUUAAUGAAUUUGACAUGAAGAUCGGAAUUCGGAAGAGACUGAGCAUUAUCUUCACAUAUGGUGGGCAGUACCAGGAUCUAGUAGAGGUGCUUGACUUGAUUGCAAAGGGUGUCAUUCAGCCCCGGGUGGAAUUGGGCAAGUUGCAGGACUUCCCGAGAGUUCUCAAAGAAUUGGGAGAGGGCAAGAUCAAAGAUCGGAUUGCGCUAGUAUCAGACAUUGUAUAA